AUGUUACAUAUUAAUGAAACUAGAUUAAGCGGUAAUAUAGAUGAUGGCUUUGUUAACAUUAAUGGUUAUGACAUUUUCCGAGCUGACAGAAACCGGGAAGGUGGUGGAGUUGCUUUGUAUGUUAAGACAGCUAUAAAUGCUUAUUCACGAACAGACUUAAUUCCUGAUGGUCUUGAAGCGAUUUGUCUGGAAAUAAGAAAGAAUAGAAGCAAGCCCUUCUUUGUUAUUACCUGGUAUAGACCACCAAACAGUCUGGUCGAAAUUUUUGAUAAAUUUGAAAUAUUGAUUCGUAAUCUUGAAGCCGAAGAUAAGGAAUACCAAAUAGUAGGCAUCUAA